AUGCCUUCAAGACGAAAUAAUGAAGGCCUUUUGGCCAGGGUUAAUUUUCCUCUUUAUACAAUUCAGAUGUUGACUAAUAGACACGUUCUCGUUGGAGGUGGUGGAGGAUCAUCUAAAACAGGAGUAGCUAAUGGAUUCGAAAUAUUUGAAUUGUCUCACGAUGGUUCAAAUUUUAUUGCUGAAGAAGUUACCAGACAUGAAACAGGGCCUAGUGUUGUCAUGAAUUGUGCCUCAUUUAAUAAUAGUAAAAAGACCUGGCUGGUAGCUGGUCAAGAAAGUCAUUGUCAAUUAUACAAUGUUGUUCCAAGAGUUGUGGCAGUUGAAAAUGGAGAAGUUGUUGCAGGAGCAAAUUCCAAUUUCAAAGAGAAUGACAACAGCUUACGGCAACGAAAAUUAAAUGAAAAAAAAGGAAAUUCUAGCUCCAAUUCGAACACGGAAAAAGUUGAGAACAUACGUGACAGUAAUUCUAAUAUAAAACACAAAAAAUUACAAUUAAUUCUUAAGCCUUCUACAAGUAUUCAAACGGAUUUUAGCGAACCAGAGCCACUGCAAAGAAUAGUUAGAGUAAGUUCUAAUGGCAAAGUGAUGGCAACUGGAGGAUUGGAUGGAGUUAUACGAUUAUGGAAAUUUCCUCAAUUCGAGAAGAUGUAUGAUUUAAAAGCUCAUACUAAAGAGGUUGAUGAUAUAGAUUUCAAUAUAAAUGGUAAAUUUGUUGCAACUAUUGCUAAGGAUAACCGAGCGUUUGUUUGGAACGUUGUUGAGGGUAAAAAGUAUAAAGAACUUUCGUGGGUUCCACCUAAUGGUGCAAAAUAUUUGUUUAAAAGACUCAGAUUUAAAAUUCCCAAUGAAAAAAAAUCUGCAACACAAUUAUAUAUGCUCUCAAAUGCAACAUCAUCUAAACUUCCCAGUUAUCUUCAAUUAUGGGAUGUUGACCAGGGUAUAAUAAUUAAAUCAGCGCCUUAUAAAGAAACAUUAUCGGCAAUUGCUGUCUCAGAUGACGGAAAAUUUGUCGCAGUUGGUACAAUGUUCUCUGGAAGUAUCGAUAUUUAUAUUGCCUUUAGUUUACAAAAAGCUUUACAUGUAUCGGGUGCUCACAGUAUGUUUGUUACGGGUUUAGAAUUUUUGCCUACUACAUUGGAUGGUCCAUCAAUAACGAGUAAUUCAGAAACUGCUGUUGUUAGUAUUUCUGUUGAUAACAGAAUUUGUAUUCAUAGCAUUCCUUUCAGACAUGCGUUGCCGUUUUGGUUGGUAACAUUAUUAAUUAUUUUAAGUAUCUGUGGAGCAUUUAUUUUUUGUAGUUAUAUGGGUAUAUGA